AUGAAGAAAUGCGAGUUAUGCAAUUCUACUGCAAGAAUGUAUUGUGAAUCCGAUCGAGCAAGCCUGUGCAGGAAUUGUGAUGCAAGGGUUCAUACAGCAAAUUCUAUUGUAGCUAAGCACUCAAGAAAUCUUCUAUGCCAUACCUGUCAAUCUCCAACCCCGUGGAACGGUUCGGGUACCAGGCUGGGGCCUUCGGUUUCUCUCUGCGAGUCGUGCGACCUUGAAAAUGGGAGUAUAGAAGUAGACGAGGAUGAUGAUGAUGAGGACGAGGACGAGGACGAGGACGAGGACGAGGACAGGGACGAGGACGGGGACGAGGACGAGGAAGAGGACAAGGAAGAACAUAACGAAGAAGAUGAUGAUGCUGAUAGCCAAGUUGUAUCUUCAUCUUCAACAUCUAUCCCUCCACCUUUGCCUCCAAGUUCUUCCAACUGUGAAGUGUCUUUUACUGGACUUUCUAGGGGAAGAAACGGUGUUUACAGUUCAAAUUUCGGGUUCUCGUCUGCAUCAACAGUUGAGGAUUAUAGUGGAAUUGAAAGGGCGCAUGGGAAAAAAAGGGCUCGUGAACAUUGA